ACCUGGUUUUUAUACAACCAAAACUUGCCUCCAAGCAUGGAAUUCAAAAACAAGCUUAUGCUUUGAGGCCACUGGGAGCAACAUGUUGCUCAAGAGCUACUGGUUGGGGAUCACUGUUCUACAGAGAGGUCCAUAGGUAACUUGCCCUGAAUGAGGAUACUAGUUGUCUACUGGAUGCUGGAGAGUUCUGUAAUUAGCAACCAGCAAGAGUGAAGUACAGGGCUUCUUUGUGUCUGACAUUACUGAUUUAUUUAGGUGUUGGGUGCAGGUGACCAUUGCCAUAAAUUCUAGUAAUCUGUACCUGGGCCUCAACAUUAUAGCACUUGUGUCCAUGACAGUAGUAAAUGAUCUCUUAUGUCUGUAGAUGAACCCUUGAAUUUAUUUGAAUUGAUUGGAGAAUCUGUCUGCACUUGAAAAAAAGCUCAGGCAAGUGGCACCAACAAGCAGCAGAAUGAUCUCCUUUGAACUUUAAAUACAUGUAUAUAUUCAAAAUAAGUAUUGAUUGAAAUGCAUGACAUGCUCAUUGGGGCAGGGGACAAAUAUUUUGGGACAGAGAGUAAAGCAGCAAGUAAGAAUUUAUAGCACAGUUUUAAUAGGAAUAUUUUAUGCUAAUCAAAAAAUCUUUUUAAAAAGUGAUGCAUCACUUGCAGUGACCUCCUACUUUCUGCAUGAUAGGCAAACCCCUUCCCCAGCUUUAAAAAAUCCAACCGGCUCUUUAUUCAAGUUAAAACUCUAGUUGGACGUUGCCUUAUUGUGUCAGGGAAAGCUGGGAGACUUGAGAGAUAUUGGGAAACUUACUGUAGGUGAUGGAUUAUUAGGCAUGUUUUAUGUUCUGUAAAGUGGGAGGUCCAAUAGAAAAGGGAAUAAAAAAACAGCAUGUGUAAAUGUAUGUCAUAUUUACAGUCUUACUCCGCUUGUCCCAGCAUGGAGUGGUUAACGUGCUGGGAAACCUGUUGAGGCUGCAAUUGCGACUUUCAGCAUUGAGUAAACAUUGAAUCUAAAAUGAUGAUCUUUGAACAUAUUCUGCAUUAUUUUCAGGUCCGACAAGCACUGGGGGUGGAAGUGCAUGACAAUGACAUAUUCCGCUGACACUGUGAUCUCUGCUUUGAUUGGUCGGAGAAACAAAACCACUUCCCAUAGGUUUUCUUGGUUCCUGCUGCAGGAUGUCAUACUCGGUGCCUUCAUGGGAAGGUGGUGGUCCUACAAAUGGAGAGCCACAGGUUGCUGAUCCUCGCUGUAGAAUAUUCUGAUGACUUGUAGGAUAGCUGAAACUCCCCCUCUCUACUCCCACCACUACUGGUGGAAACAGCAGCAAGUAGAAGAGCUACAAACAAGAGCCACUGAUCCAGAGUGAACUGCCAAUAAGCCAGGAGCAGCCUGAGAACAGUUACCCACAGAACAGCAAGUGAUUAAAGAAUGGCAUCUUCUGACCUAAGAGAAGAACUUAAUUGUUCCAUCUGCUUAAAUAUUUACUCUGAACCUGUGACACUUAAAUGUGGGCACAAUUUCUGCCUGGCAUGUAUCAAAAGUGUGUUGACCACACAGAAGGGGUCUGGAGCUUAUUCUUGCCCUGAAUGCAGAGCAGAGUUUCGGGAGCGCCCAGCACUGCAGAGAAACAUGAAGCUGAGCAACAUAGCAGAGCGAUUCCGUUCUACUCGCUCUACACAAUCCAAAAAGACUGGAAUCUUCUGUACAUAUUGCAUUCACAGCCCAGCGCCUGCUAUCAAGUCUUGUCUCCUCUGUGAGGCAUAUUUGUGUGAUAACCAUGUUAUGGUCCAUAGUAAGUCCCCAGAACAUGUUCUAACUGACCCCACAACUUCACUGUGCAAUCGAAAAUGCUCAGUACACAAAGAGGUCUUGAAGUAUUAUUGCCCCGAAGAUGCUGUUUGCAUAUGUGUCUCCUGCUGUGUGUUGGGGGAACACAGGGGUCACCAGGUGGAGCUCCUUAAUGAGGCCACUGAGAAAAAGAAGCGAAGAUUAAGAAAUAUUCUGGAAAAUUUAACCUCAAAACAAGAGCAGGCCCACAAAAGAAUCCAGAACCUGCAGGAACACCGGAGGGAUGUCCAAGACAAAGCUGCUGUUGUAUCGGACCAAGUCACAGAUUUUUUUACGGACAUCAGAGAACAACUUGAUGUACUAGAGAAGCGGGUAUUGUGUGAGAUCUCCAAGCAGGAGGAACAAGUUUUACUUCAUGUCUCUGAUCUAAUUCAGCAGUUGGAAAUAAAGAAGGAAGAGCUGAUGGGAAAGAUGCACCAAAUUGAAAUGCUGUGCAACAUUACUGAUCCAUUAACUGUCCUACAGGGGCGAGAGUCAGAUUAUAAUGAGCACAAAUAUCACAAGGACAGAGAAAGAGAUGACAGAGACAUGGCUGCCGUUGGAGAUCUGGAUGACGUGCUGAUCUCAGUGACUCUGAACAGGGCCUUAGCUGAUAUUGUAUCUGAUGCAGAGAGAAAGAGAGGACUCUUUAUUCAGGAGGCCAGAGACAUUCUACUAGAUAUCAACACAGCUCACAGUAACAUUGCUGUAUCCAGUGAUCUGAAAAGUCUCUCAAGGUCAGAUAGGAAGCAAAGCCACCGACCAGCUCGGGGCAGAUUUAAAUUCUAUUUCCAGAUCCUAAGCAUCAGGUCGUUCUCAACUGGGCAAAGUUACUGGGAAGUGGAGACGAGUCAGACUGGUGGCUGGAAAAUUGGAGUGGCCUUUCCCAGUAUAGAAAAGAAAGGAGACCAGUCCUGGUUGGGAAACAACAAAAAGUCAUGGUGCCUGUACAAAUACAAUAAAGAGUUUUCAGUGAUACAUAACUCAAACAUAAACCCCUUAACCAUUGAGGCCCACUGCCAAAGAAUUGGGAUAUUUCUUGAUUAUGAGGCUGGACGAUUAUCAUUUUAUGUGCUUUCUGAGCCAAUCAAGCAUCUCCACACCUUCACUUCCACCUUCACUGAGCCCCUUUAUGCUGCAUUCUAUGUACGAGACAGUGGUUGGGUUAGAAUUAUGAGUUAAUCGUACUUUCCCAAGUGACUAUAAUGCAGUGGUACCUAAUCAUGAUCUUUCAUUACAUGUAUAGCUGGUGACCAGAAGAUCACAGUAGAGGAGAUUUGGUUCACAAGCAUCUCUAUUAGCUUUUAAAUGUGUUUAAAAUGUGUCUUAAGUGAUGGGUGCUGUUUAUUGAAUUAGCUCUUUUAUAUAGAGGUUAUUGUUCAACUUCAUCAGUAUCUUAGUGUUCUGGCCAGUAAAAGUAAUAUUGUCUGUAAAAGGACGUAUCUCAUGCUACUAACAGCUGGGAAAGCCUAUGGCAGAAAUGUAUGUCAAUAUAAAUGUCUAGGGUAGUCUCUAUGUCCCACAUGUUUACCCAUGGUUUAACCUACAAAUGUGGGUUAGGGUGGGUUUUAGGCCAGAAUUCAGGCAAGUAAAUACAGUAUAUUUGACCUGAAAUAAGGGUCUGCUGUGUUAUUUCUUUUGGCCCCCUUUAUUCAUUGAUUUCAUUUGAUGGUUUGUGUUUGGGUCAUUAAAAUGGCAAAGGCCUCUAAAUUAUUUUUGUUGAUACUAACAGGUUACAGUCAAGAGCAGUUUGUACAUUUUCCUGACCCAACUUUAUGCAGCUCUGAACAAUGGAUCAGGAGCAAUGAUCUCUAAAAGCCGUGUGCUCAUAUAGGGAACAAUGAAUACAAACAGGAAUAAUAAAAUGGAACAACCCAACACAAGGACUGAGGGGCACCUCCCAUAAGAGCUUACAAGCUUGAUAUCACUGGGAAGAACCAAACUGAAGCACAGAAGGGCCCCUCUCACAAGAUCUUACAAGCUUGUUAUCACUAGGAAGAUCCCAACUCAAUCAUAGAAGGUCCUUGCUCAUGAGAGCUUACAAGCUUAUCAUUGGGAUACCUCUGGCAACAUCUGUAAUCAUUGAACAACCCAUGGAUGGCUACAUCUCAUCCUUAGUCCCAAUAACAUUUCUGCAUCCUAUGAAACAAAGAGUAAAACUCUCUAACAUA